AUUUAUACAGUACUUUGCAGAUUCCCAUGGGGAAGAGACUGACUUAAUUAUUUAUUUCGCUUUCAUCUUGAACGCCGUGGGCCAACCAAAAAACUUUCCUAUGGUUUUCUGAAAUAAUAUUGUGAAGCAUGAAUAAUACCAUAAUUCUUUUCUUGUAUUCUAUUUUUUCCAUGCUAACAAUAAUCUGUGAUGCAGUAGAAUUAGACACCAUAACUGCAACUCAAUCUCUUACUGAUGGGCAAACCAUGGUCUCUUCAGACACAACAUUUGAACUGGGAUUUUUCAGCCCCUCUGGUAGUACUUCCAGGAAUCGAUAUUUGGGAAUAUGGUACAAAAGAUCUGUUGGGACUGUGGUAUGGGUUGCCAACAGAGAUACUCCAAUUACUGAUACAUCAGGAGGAGGUGUCUUAAAGCUCACUCAUGGAGGAGUUCUCAUGCUUGUCAAUACUACAAACAGCAUCUUCUGGUCUUCGUCAAAUUCAUCAUCAUCCAGUAACAACACGGUGAACCCAGUUGCACAGCUUUUGGAUUCGGGUAAUCUUGUUGUCAAAGAUGCAAAUGCUGUGAAUUUCCUAUGGCAGAGUUUUGAUUAUCCGUGUGACACUUUGUUGCCGGGCAUGAAGCUUGGAAAGAACCUAGAAACCGGAAUUGAUCGGCGUCUAUGGUCAUGGAAGUCCAGUGAUGACCCUUCUAAAGGUGACUUUUCUUUUGGACUUGAUCUUCGUGGAUUCCCAGAAUUUGUCCUCAUGAAAGGUCCGGUUGAGCAAUACCGUUCUGGACCAUGGAAUGGUCUCCGCUGUAGUGGCACGAUGGGUUUAACACCAAACAGCAUUUACACAUACCAAUUUGUUUUUGAUCAAAAGGAGGUAUAUUAUGAAUUUGAGCUUAUUAAUAGCUCAGUUUUCUCACGGUCUGUUUUGAACCAGAAUGGAAUUGUACAGCGCUUGACAUGGAAUUAUAAAACACAGGAUUGGACAGUUUACACGAGUAUACCAGCAGAUAAUUGUGAUUCUUAUGGGCUAUGUCAGGCCUAUGGUAGCUGCAACAUUGGUAACUCCCCGGUGUGUAGGUGUCUUGAUAAAUUUAUGCCAAGAUACCCAAAAGAUUGGGAAGCAGCAGAUUGGUCAGGUGGGUGUGUUCGAAGAAAGCCCUUGGAUUGCCAAAAUGGAUCAGCAAAUGGAUUUCUCAAGUAUUCCGGUGUUAAAUUGCCUGACACGCGGAAUGCCUGGUUUGAUAGGAGCAUGACCCUCAAGGAAUGCGAGAUGGUAUGCUCAAAAAACUGUUCUUGUAUGGCUUAUGCAAAUAUAGAUGUAACAGCAGGAGGAAGUGGUUGCUUGCUCUGGUUUGUUGACUGGAUUAAUAUUAGGGACCUCACAGAAAUUGGACAAGAUAUUUACAUAAGAAUGGCCUCCUCUGAGAAGCACAGCAGCUCCCAUGUAAAGGGACGAUUGAAGAUUAUUAUCAUUCCUAUAUUACUUGCAGCAGUGGUACUCCUAGGCCUGUUCUUUCUGUUGUAUUUCUUAAGGAGGAAGCUGAAGAGAGUAGGUACUCGUCAGUUCCAGGGUUAGAGUUUGAUCGUGCAGAGCAGAUACGGACUUCUAUUCUACCGACAACGUAGGACUUCUUUCCAGAUAUUAGAUUUGGAUUUUAUCUUCAGUUUUCUUCCAUGCAGUUUGGGAUUUUAUUAGGGGUCCACUAGAGAUGGAUUCCCGAGUUGUUAAACUUAUAGAGUUUGGAUUGUCAAGAUUUAAAUAUUUAUA